AUGAUUGCCAUCCAGGCCGCAGACAUUGAGGAUCUAAGGAGAUUUGAUCCUAGGAAAUUCGAGGGCAAUCCAUACCAGGCCCUGUUUCAUGAUUUGGAAUCUUCGACAUCCAGCGACGGGGUUAGCAACGAGGACGGCAAGGAGAAUCUCGCCCGGUUUGCCCUGAAGUCGUUUGUUCAGAUUCAGACUACUGUGACGAGGAUGAGAAACUCUGGCGCGGCCCGGUUCAAAUUUAAGUUCAGAGGGGCAACUCAUGCAGCCGUCAACGAUUGGCAGAACUGCGUGCAUUUCCCCAGAAGCGAUGGGUGGUUUGAUACAAAACUUAGGUUAUCGGUGGUGAGCCUUGAGUGCAAAACACGGCUUGCCGAGGGCUCGAGGCGCAACUCGGGCGAAUGCUUCAAUCCACAACAGUUUGCCCAAGAGGUAGCGGAUCUGAUCGGGGCUGUUCUUGCACAACUGCGUUAUCCUUUGCCAGUCAAGCACGCAGACCAUGAAACAUUUGUAAUCAGCCAGCAUACCACAAUUUUAUACAUCAGUAGCGCGUAUCUUACAGCGGAUUAUAUCCGCUACCUGCGCACUGGUGUGCUUCCUGGGGGUGAUCAUAACUUUUCCUUAUGGGUGCCAAGGUCCAUCACGUUCAGUCUCAAUGUUGUGCACGAACGAGGAGAGGGUCUCGGGUUUCUUUGGGCGUUGGUCCAAUACCUCAGAAGCGGUUCCGCAAAAGUCAAUACCAUCCAUGUCUAG